UUUACUUCAACAACUUUAUCUUUGAAACUUUUAUUAAGAAUAAUUCUUUUAUCAUUGAAUUUCGAGUAUAUGUUAUAUAAUAUUAUUUGUUUGAAAUUACAUUCUAAAUCAACUGCCAAAGUUUCAUUUCCGUAGAUAAAAAUACCUCCUAUAAGGGUAGUUUUUAUCCUAUUAAAAAUAUAAUACAAGAAUUAGAUUUUACGAUGUCAGAAACCCUUAAACUUGAUCUGUUCGUGGUAAAUGACAUGUAACUUAAAAAUAUAUUAUCAGUUUUGGGAACGAUUUCGUAAAAUUUCGUUAUUGUAAGUCGCCUGCAUUGAGCGCGUCACAUCAUAUGUGCUUACUGACAAGAAAUUGAGUCGUAGAAAGAGUAAGGUAUAUAGAGUGGGAGAUAAAUUUUGAUCUGUUUUAGCCCUUGCGCAUGUUUAGCUUAUUGGCGUAUAUAAUUCCAGGUGAAUUUUAAAUGUAAAUUAUAUAAACAACACACUUGGUUGACAAGAACUAUAAACAUAGUUCAAGGAAUCAUCAUGGAUAACACUAGAUAUUAUAAUAAUCCUUUUGAAGACUAUCCUAAUCCAACAGCUCAACAGCUUAUAAAUACUAAUACGAAAGAGAUUAAUGAAAAUUAUAAAGAGACAUUAUAUACAUGUACCAAAAAAUUGUUGGACCACUUGGAAGAAAAGAAAAAACAUUGGAUAAGCAAUGACGAUUGCUCUGUGUACACAGGAUCAACUGGAAUUGCAUAUGUUUUCUAUCAUUAUGGAAAAUGUUUUAAUGAACCCACUUAUAUUGAGAAAGCAGCAGAACUGUUAAAAGCAUGUGUAAGUAAAUUCAGAGGUAGACGCGAAAUUACGUUUCUAACUGGCAUUGCUGGUCCAUUGGCUUUGUAUGCCAUUAUUCUUCAUUUGCAAGAGAACAAACAGGAAUCUCAAAAUAUGAUAACCAAAUUAAAAUCAUUGUCAUCUCUUAUUAUGGAUAUACAUAGUAAUUUACCCAAUGAACUUCUUCAAGGAAGGGUUGGGUACCUAUUUUCCCUCCUCUUUCUAAACUCGCAUAUAUCUCCCCCACCUAUAGAGGACAAGCUUAUUAAGCAGGUCAUUGCAAUCAUAAUUCAAUCAGGAAAUAUGUAUUCUGCAUCAACAAAGUACAAAACACCUUUAAUGUAUGCUUGGCAUGAUUCAGAAUACCUUGGUGGUGCACAUGGAUUAGGUGGAAUACUUUAUAUAUUGUUGCAAGCACGACAAUAUUUAACACAAUCUCAAUUAGAAAACGAUAUAAACCCAGCGUUGCAGUUUCUUCAAAAUUUACGUUAUCCAUCUGGAAAUUUUCCAUCAUCUAUUGGAAGUAAUACUGACAAAUUGGUGCAUUGGUGUCAUGGUGCACCUGGAAUGUCCAUGCUAUUCAACUUAGCUUACGAGAUAUAUAAAGACGAGCAGUACCUAAAGACCGCACUGCAAUGUGGUGAAGUGAUUUGGAAAAGGGGAUUACUUAAAAGAGGAUAUGGAAUAUGUCACGGAGUAGCUGGGAAUGCUUAUACGUUCUUGUGUCUGUUCCAGCAAACGAAAGACGUAAAACACUUGUACAGAGCCUGCAAAUUUGCGGACUGGUGCAUGGAUUAUGGAACACAUCAGACUAGAUCUCCUGAUAGACCAUUUUCAUUGUUUGAAGGUCUUGCCGGUACCAUUUACUUUUUAAUUGACAUGCAAAAUCCAUCUUCAGCUAAAUUUCCAGGAUAUACCGUGUAGAUGCAGACCUUUGAUUAUUUCGAUUUGUUUACUACAAGUAUUCGAUUAAUAUAGGAUUUAUUAAACAAUCUUCUAAUCACCAUAAACGAAUUCGGUUCCCUCACUCGUUGAAUUUGUGUGCAUUUACAUGUGAGAGCAUGUAAUUCAAUGUAUUCUUUAUUGACAAAUAA